ACUUACUGCCAUCUACCUUUCCAAAGUAAAUGGCUGUAUGUCGGAACAGAGAGGGGAAAUACACACAUUGUAAAUAUUGAGUCCUUCAUUCUUUCGGGAUAUGUUAUCAUGUGGAACAAGGCAAUAGAACUAUCCACAAAGACUCACCCUGGUCCAGUUGUACAUUUAAGUGACAGCCCAAGAGAUGAGGGAAAACUGUUGAUAGGCUAUGAAAAUGGGACUGUCGUGUUCUGGGACUUACGAUCUAAAAGAGCUGAUCUGAGAGCUUAUUAUGAUGAGGCUAUUCAUUCUGUUGCUUGGCAUCAUGAAGGGAAACAGUUCAUGUGCAGUCACUCUGAUGGCAGCUUGACCCUAUGGAAUCUGAAAAGUCCUAACAGACCAUUCCAGACCACAAUUCCACAUGGAAAAGUUCAAAGAGAUGGGAAAAAACCUGAAUCUUGUAAACCAAUUCUAAAAGUAGAGUACAAGACCUGUAAAAACAGUGAACCAUUUGUGAUAUUUUCUGGUGGAUUGUCAUAUGAUAAGCCUUGUCGAAGACCAAGUUUAACAAUCAUGCAUGGGAAAGCAAUUACAGUUCUUGAAAUGGAUCACCCUAUAGUUGAUUUUUUAACUCUUUGUGAAACCCCGUAUCCAAAUGAAUUUCAGGAACCCUAUGCUGUAGUUGUGCUUUUGGAAAAAGAUCUCAUUGUCGUUGACCUGACACAAAGCAAUUUUCCAAUCUUUGAAAAUCCAUAUCCUAUUGACAUUCAUGAGUCACCUGUUACCUGCACAGAAUAUUUUGCGGACUGUCCUCCAGAUUUGAUUCCUGUACUCUAUUCUGUAGGAGCAAAACAUAAAAAGCAAGGAUACAGCAAUAAGGAAUGGCCUAUCAGUGGUGGAGCGUGGAACCUUGGAGCUCAGACAUAUCCAGAAAUCAUUAUUACAGGCCAUGCAGAUGGAUCAGUAAAAUUUUGGGAUGCUUCUGCCAUUACUCUACAGAUGUUGUACAAAUUAAAAACAUCAAAGGUCUUUGAAAAACAGAAAGUGGGAGAAGGAAAAGCAACAGCUGAGAUUGUGGAAGAAGAUCCUUUUGCUGUUCAGAUGAUGUACUGGUGUCCUGAAAGCCGAAUUUUCUGUGUGGCAGGAGUUUCUGCAUAUGUGAUUGUUUACAGGUUCAGCAAACAUGAAGUAAAUACUGAAAUUGCAUCAUUAGAGGUACGACUUCAGUACGAAGUAGAAGAUAUCAUUACUCCUGAACCAGAAACAAAUGCUCCAUUUCCAGAUACCUCCUCCCAGCUUUCUUCUUUAAAGAGCCUUUCGGGCAGUACCAACACUGUAGGAUGUGAAGGAAUGAUGAAGGAUAGUAUCCCAUGUCUUAGUGUUAAGACUCGACCUGUGCGAAUGCCUCCUGGAUACCAAGCAGAUCUUGUUAUUCAGUUGGUGUGGGUGGAUGGUGAGCCUCCACAACAGAUUACCAGUCUUGCUGUAAACUCUGCUUACGGGCUAGUGGCAUUUGGGAACUGCAAUGGUUUGGCUGUCGUGGACUUUAUGCAGAAGACAGUACUGCUGAGCAUGGGAACCCUUGACCUCUAUGGAUCGAGUGAUCCAUACCAGCGUCAACCCCGUUCACCUCGCAAAAGCAGGCAGUUUGCUGCAGACAACUUUUGCAUGCGUGGCCUGUCUAACUUUUAUCCAGAUUUAACGAAACGGAUCCGUACUUCCUAUCAGAGCCUGACUGAACUCAGUGACAGUCCAGUUUCCCUGGAGCUAGAGCGUUGCAAGUCUCCCACUUCAGAUCACGUGAAUGGUCACUGUACAAGUCCAACAUCCCAGAGCUGCAGCUCAGGAAAACGACUUUCCAGUGCGGAUGUCUCAAGAGCAAACCGCCGAGGGCCCGGGAGGCCCCCCUUCAGAAAAGCCCAGUCUGCAGCCUGCAUGGAGAUUUCUCUCCCAGUCACCACAGAAGUAGGUUACAUUUCCAGACGGGCAAUGCUUCAGCAAUUACAUGGAAUCAGUACAUUCUCACACGACGAGCGUCACUAUACUGCUCGCACAUGGAUGAACAAAGAAAACAGGGAAAACUCCUUCAGCCGUUCACGAAGCUCCAGCGUGUCCAGUAUCGACAGGGACUCAAAGGAGGCAAUUACAGCUUUGUACUUCAUGGAGUCCUUUGCCCGAAAGAACGACUCUGCUGUCUCCCCCUGUCUCUGGGUUGGAACAGGCCUUGGUAUGGUCUUAAUCCUCUCCCUUAAUCUGCCUGCUAGCGACGACUUACGGCAGUCAGAGCCGGUCAUGGUGUCGCCAAGUGGCACUGUUCUGACACUGAAAGGAGCCGUGCUGACCUUCGCGUGCUUGGACUGCAUGGGGACACUGACACAUCCACCGUAUGAAGUAUGGAGGGAUCCACACAGUGCUGAUGACGGUGAAAAAACAAGGAAAAGGAAACUUGUCAUGCAUUCCCCUUCCUCCUCCCAGGAUAUGGGUGAUCAUCAAUUUGCAGUCAUUUGUUCAGAAAAACAAGCCAAAGUCUUCUCAUUGCCUUCCCAAACAUGUCUUUAUGUCCACAACAUCACCGAAACGUCCUUUUUAUUGCGAGCAGAUGUGGUCACCCUCUGUAACAGCGUCUGUCUGGCGUGCUUUUGUGCCAAUGGGCACAUCAUGACACUGAGCUUGCCCAGUUUCCGACCAUUGCUGGACAUCAACUACUUGCCUGUAACAGACAUGAGGAUAGCACGGACCUUUUGCUUCACUAACGAAGGGCAGGCUUUGUAUCUCAGCUCUCCCACGGAGAUCCAGCGCCUGACGUACAGCCAGGAGAUGUGUGACAAUCUGCAGGACAUGCUUGGGGAUUUGUUUACUCCCGUGGAAACACCAGAAGCCCAAAACAGAGGUUUUCUCAAAGGACUUUUUGGAGGAAGUGGACAAGCUUUUGACAGAGAGGAGCUUUUCGGCGAGGCUACGGCAGGAAAAGCCUCUCGCAGCCUCGCUCAGCACAUCCCUGGAUCAGGUGGGAUUGAAGGCGUGAGAGGAGCUGCAGGAGGAGUCAUCGGGGACUUGACUCGUGCACGCAUUGCCCUUGAUGAGAGAGGACAGAAACUGGGAGAGCUGGAUGAAAGGACUGCGAGCAUGAUGGCCAGCGCAGAGGCAUUUUCCAAACAUGCACACGAGGUGAUGCUGAAAUACAAGGACAAAAAGUGGUACCAGUUUUAGACUUUCAAAGAAGCUGCUUGUGGCUUUAUUAAGAACACUGUUCAGGGAAGCAACAUUAAUUCCCAAAUCUACCAGUCACUGGCCAGAGACAGUUUUUUUCUCCUAGAAGAUGUUUUCCUGUUACUAUUAUUGGAUUCAUCACAGUGGACGUCAAGGAGGAAUUUUACAGGCCAUGAGAUGGAAGCUGGAAUCAUGAGGGUCUUCUUCCAACAGCUGGCUCAUGCGGUGGCCAAUUUUUUUCCAAAAGGAACUCAACCAUCACUGUGGCAUGUAGUUUUUCAGGAGCUGUAGGUAUGAACUGUGGGGAGUGCGUCUGGUUAAAAAUAUUCUGUACAAAUUCGAAUGUUAAUGCACUUAGAAAACUUUGCAUGACUAAUUGCCAUCU